CUGGGCGAUGUUUACACUGCAGUUCUGUAUCUGUCAUCCCUAACAGAAAGGGCCAUUGCCAGGCACGAAGUCAGAGAAAUAGAGCAGCGUCACACAGCGGAUGGCCCCCGACAAGACGUGGCGCUGGAUGAGGAAGAUGACGUGGUGAUCAUUUACAACAGAGUUCCUAAGACUGCCAGCACGUCCUUCACAAAUAUCGCCUAUGAUCUGUGUGCAAGGAACAAGUAUCAUGUCCUCCACAUCAAUACAACCAAAAACAAUCCCGUCAUGUCUCUGCAAGACCAGGUCCGGUUUGUGAAGAACGUGACUUUGUGGAAGGAGAUGAAACCAGGAUUUUACCACGGACACAUUUCUUAUUUGGACUUUGCGAAAUUUGGCGUUAAAAAGAAACCAAUUUACAUCAAUGUGAUUCGAGAUCCUAUAGAGCGACUCGUGUCUUAUUAUUACUUUCUGCGCUUUGGAGAUGACUACAGACCAGGGCUGCGGAGGAGAAAACAGGGGGAUAAAAAGACCUUUGAUGAAUGUGUGGCAGCUGGGGGUUCAGACUGCGCUCCUGAGAAACUUUGGCUUCAAAUUCCCUUCUUCUGUGGCCACAGCUCCGAGUGCUGGAACGUGGGGAGCAGAUGGGCUUUGGAGCAAGCCAAAUACAAUCUGAUUAACGAAUACUUCCUAGUGGGAGUUACAGAAGAGCUUGAAGACUUCAUCAUGUUAUUGGAGGCAGCUUUGCCCCGCUUCUUCAGGGGUGCCACAGAACUGUACCGGACAGGAAAGAAGUCUCAUCUUAGGAAAACAACAGAGAAAAAACUUCCCACAAAAGAAACUAUUGCCAAGCUACAGCAGUCCGAGAUCUGGAAAAUGGAGAACGAGUUCUAUGAGUUUGCACUGGAGCAGUUUCAGUUUGUCAGAGCACACGCGGUGCGGGAAAAGGAUGGAGAGUUGUACAUCCUGGCUCAGAACUUUUUCUAUGAAAAGAUCUACCCUAAAUCAAACUAAGGGCACCGCACGGUCAGAUUUACGGACCUGAACCUUUGGUCACAUCAUCAUCUUAGUCCUCAGCCGUGGAAACUAGAUCGUAGACCUCCAAGACGUUUCUUUCCAGAGCUGAGCGGAGUGGGCUGUGAUCUCCUCCAGGGCGUUGGGUUCUGACUCUGUUGGUAAUCCAGGAGCAAAGGCUUCAUUUCUUUUAUCUAACUAAUAUUUCAGUGGGAUCUCCUUUACCCGAAGAAACCUACACUUUAAUUCGGAGCAAUUAAUACACAGCAGUUCUAGUGAAAAUAUAAACACACGAAAAAUGCUUCUGUUGAUGCUCUUUUUAAUUCUCAGAGCAAUUUGUUUUCAUUUAUACUUCUGUGAAGAGGAAAUCAUUUUUCCCAGCUUUCAACAUGAAAAUUUCGGUUGUAUGCAAUAUGAGUAGUGUUAAUAACUGGUUGACAUCUGUGCUUUGUUUUUGUGAACCAUGUCACGUGGUAUUAAUUGGGAUGUUCAUCAUCAUCUGCUGAGAAACGCUGCUGCUGCUGAAAUUGCCCAUAUUUAUAUAUGUGGUUUUAUUAAAAAAUUACAACUAAUCUUAA